AUGUACACCAACAGAGGCUACAGUAACGGCUACAGUAACGGUAGCGUAUACGGAAAUAACGAAGGGUACCAAUCAGGGAAAAGAAGGGCGCUUCUCGUUGGUAUCAACUAUUUCGGAACCAACAACCAGCUCAAUGGAUGUAUCAACGAUGUUCACAAUAUGGAGAAGUUUCUUCUCACUCAGGGCUUUACUCCAGGGGAUAUGGUAAUCCUAACAGAUGAUCAACAGAACCCAAUGGGGAUACCGACGCGUGCAAACAUGUUACGAGCAAUGCAGUGGCUGGUUUCGGAUGCCAGACCUGGCGACUCCUUCUUUUUCCAUUAUUCAGGACACGGAGGUGAAGAGAAGGAUCUCGACGGCGAUGAAGUUGACGGCAUGGAUGAAUGCAUUUACCCUGUAGAUUUCCAAAGUCAGGGCUCCAUUAUUGAUGAUAUUAUGCAUGACAUCAUGGUGAGACCUUUACCGCAAGGUUGCAAACUUACUGCAAUUUUUGAUUCAUGCCACUCUGGUACAGCUCUUGACCUUCCUUAUACUUAUAGAGCCCAGGAUGGCGGUUUGAAAGAAUAUAGUAUCUGGAAGGAAGGAGGAAUGGAUGGUGCACAGCUCUUACUGGGCUAUGCGACGAGAGACGUAGGUAUGAUGAUGGGUAGUGUCAAGAGUUUAUUCAAUACGGCUUCUCAUUACAAGUCAAAGGAACAAAUAGAAGCGAUUACUCGUAUGAAGAUGUCUCUAGCAGACGUUGCCAUGUUUAGUGGUUGUAAAGACGACCAAACCAGUGCUGAUGCUUCAGGAACCGGUGCAAUGAGUUGGGCCUUUCUAACCGCAAUGUCGAAUUUACCUCCAGGUCAACACUACAGUUACCUUACUCUUCUACAAGCCCUUCGUGCCAAUCUAAAGGGAAAAUUCACGCAAAAACCCCAACUUUCCACCGGCCAUCAGAUUGAUCCCAACUCCCUAUUUACCAUAUAG